AUGGCCGCCUGGGUGUUCUGUAAUCGCUGCUUCCAGCCCCCACGCCGCACGGCGUGCUUCAGCCUCACCAGCUGCGGCCACGUGUACUGCGACGGCUGCCUGAGCAAAGGUAAAAAGGAUGAAUGCUUGAUUUGUAAACUUCCUUGUCAUACAGUUUUACUUUCAAAACAUACGGACUCGGGUAUCCAGGCGCUGUUUGCGGGUAUAGACAGUCUGUGCAAGAAGUACUCCAAGGAGACCUCCCAGAUUUCAGAAUUUCAAGAAAAACACAGGAAGAGACUGUUAGCCUUCUACAGAGAAAAGAUUUCUAAGCUGGAAGACGCCCUCAGGAAGUCUGUGCUGCGGAUGGAGCAGCUGCACAGUAUGAGAUCGUCACAAGAAACAGUUUUCAGCACAAUCAAAAACCCAGUUUCAACCCCUUCGGCAAAGCCAAACAGAUGCCUGCUCCUGCCCCCCAACUCGCCGGCCUCCGAGAGGUUGGAGUCCAUGGACAUUGACCUCACGCCCUCCCCGAGGAGAAGGCCUGAGAUAGCAGCCGGCCCGACAAGAAUCUCUGUGAUUAGUCCACCUCAAGACGGACGCAUGGGCAGCGUGUCCCACCGAGGCCCGCAGCACCUCAGCCUGACGCCAAGUCACACUAGCGUGUCACAGACUCUCAGCACAGAUGCUCCAGGGGGAGGGUCCGCUGACAGCAGACACCGGGCCUGGCAGUGGGCAGCCAUCUUACAGAGAAGGCCUCCUGGGUCCGCCAGCCUCGGGGCAGCCACGCUGGAGAGACGACCGGUUCCUGCCCACGUCUGUGGCUCUCCGGCCCAGCAGCACCAUUACCCCAGGCAGCAGCUGUGA